CGUCGCGAUUCUUUCACCCUCCGUCAGAUGUCGGGGUGUUUCGCGGGUGAUUGGGGUGGUAGCCGCACGAUACCACUCGCGAAGCGCCACGAGUUUCAAAUACCACUGCCCCAAAUAGGUUUUAAGUGAAAUUUCGUAUUCGUUUAUGAACUGAAACCACGAACAUAUGUUACGUUCUACUAAUUGCAACACCGUGUAAUUAGUCUAGUUUUAGUCAGCUUAGCCCGUGGCAUUUGGCGUAAGUUAAUAACGAGUAAUUAAACAAAUGCGUCGCUCUUAAUGACUGCUUGGCGGUAAACAGCUUAACGACAUACGCAUAUCGUCGUUUCGAAACUGGCUUCGCGCAACGGCUUCCACGAUAACGAAGCUACGUUGAACGAUAAGCGAAACGAUUCGUUCGUAACGCAAUUUGUUUCAAUUGUUCUGUCACAUGCCGUUCGACCACUCGGAAUUGAAACGUGUCAUAACAGGAGUAACGUCGCGCGUCGUUUCAAGUUGGUAUGCCGAGAUUGUCCCCAAUUCGAAUCUAUGGCUUGGAUGACAAAUGAAUUAACAUUUGCCGUUAGGUUUUUUUUAGACCCACUCUAUUUUGCGCACAAAUCUUUCACUACUUAUGGGAUAUACAGUAGCCGCUCGAUAAUUUACCGCCAGCGUGAAUCUGGAAGCGUCAAUUGGCCGCAUGCAUUCUUUCUAACCAUCUGUCGGGCCCUCAGACGCAACUGUCGCAAUGUAUGCAAUUGCAGCAAGGUCAUCCCUUGACACCUAGACUCCGCGAUCCCGGAAGAUCCCCGGCGCAUCUCCACCGAGGUGCUACUUACUCAUCGAUCUUCGAUAGAGGCGGAUCAUUUCUGACUUAGUUGACGAUGAUCCAUUGAAAGUGUUCGUGAUGCACGAUCGGGACAGGAAUGAUCGGUGAACGGACACGUAACCACGUGUCUGACACCCUCACGCCAGUCGAGAAAGGCGCGUGUUGACGCGCCGCAGCGUAGCUCGCGUGCGCUGGCGCAUGUGAUCGAUACUCAACAUCGCCGGGCUUUUCGCGUCCCCGCGCGACGUCACGACACAAGAGCCGAGUAACACCGACAAAGGACGAGGCCGACCGAGACUGGCCGAGGUAGCGCGAGCCGCGGUAGCAGCAGCCGUCGACGCGAGCACGGCCCCAACCGUCACCGUCGUUUCGACGUCGUGCACACUUUCUUGCCGCCGAUCGUCCACGCGGAAAUCAGUUCCCGUCACGAGAAACCCCGUUGCUCUUGGACGGCUGCUUGUCACACGGUCUGGCUCGAUACACGGUGAACGCGAGCCGCGCGCGAAAGUGGUCCGAGUGGUGUGUUCCUCUCUUGACUGGAAAGGUCGCGUUACGAGUACUCCCGGUCGAACAGAAACUGAGUCACUCGAAACAUUCAGCGAACCACGAGAUCUUCAGCCGCCACUCUGCCGCUACUUCCGGUCCGUCCAUCACCGUUCCGUCUCCGCCAGCCGCGAAACAUCGGAUCGAGAGAAAUCGAGGAAAAGGAUCUCGCGAGGAGGUGAUCGCGUGGCAAGGGGUUAGUGAAAGCAGUAGAGUCGUGUCGUGAGGGGUCCAAGAAGCGUAGCCUUUGGGUGUGAUGUGGUGGAGCCCCCCGGGGGGCCGCGGGGGCAGGAGGUUCGAGGCAGAUCGGUCGUGAGGGCCCCAGGCACGGCUCGGUUGCCCCGCGGCGAGGUCGCCGGAGGGGCGGAGGAGGAGGUAGGAUGGUGUGACCUCCGACGUUAUCCCGCCCGACGCGGAGGUGGUGCUGGAGGUGGCGGAGGCGGUGGUGGAGGAGGUGGCGGUGGAGUCGAACAGCUGCUGCUCGACUCGGAGGAGGAGGAGCCGACGGCGAUGUCGAGGCAGCUUCGCGGUGAACGGGACCACGUGAGCCGUUGCGACCUCCGAGAACAGCGCGACCUCCGCGACCUUCGGGACCUGCGCGACAUCAGGGAUCUGAGGGAUAUCAGGGACCUCCGGGACGUUCGGGACAUUAGGGACGACAGGGAGAGACACGGUUCCGGCAGACAUCAUCGGGACGAGUACCUGGAUUACGAUCACCAUCCCACCGCUGCAUCCACCUCGGCACUUACCAACAACCCGGGGCUAGUUCGUAGAAGCGAACACCGCAGCAUGGUCGGUGCCUCUCAUUUGCAGCUGCAUUCACUGGGUCGACUGGGUGGCUUUCUUGCCGACGCAAUCGCGCAUCCUCUCGAGGGUCAGAAGUGCUAAUGAGACAGACACGAGAGAUGAUGGGGUAGAAAAUGGAAUCGAGCCUCUUUGGAACGCUUCUUUUUUAGCGCCGGUGAACAGUGGCGUGAUGCACAGGAGAGACACAGGAAACUGGGCCACGUUUUGUUCGCCAAGGUCGAUCUGAAAAGAUUUUAAUAGCGUUACUCGGUUCUACCCGGUCCCACGACGAGGACCGACCGAGUGUCGUUGAAGUAACCCCACGCUCGUUUCGGGCAACGAGUUCGGAAGCUUUUAAUUAUCCUUCGUAAUGCAGCCAAAUCGAAUGCAGUUUUGCAACGAACUUAAAAAUGAAAAAGAAAUUCAUUGGUCUGUCACUUUGUACACGCGAUUCUAUAAACAUUUAAAAUAACGUGAAAUAAAACACGUUUCACGGGUGACAAUUUUAAACUUGCCACUCUCUUUUACGAUUCUGUAUCUUAUUUUAAAAAAAAUUCAAUUUGGACAGGCCCAUUGCGAGGAUUAAUUGUAACAGGCGCAGAGGCAAUAAAGAGACAUUAAUGAAUUGUAUUACCUUGCAAGCUGUCCGCGCGAUGAUGCAAGAAAAUCAACCUGGACACACAUUGAACUGAUUUAUUCGUUUACUUUCCAUUCGGUAUGGAAAUCAGUUUACAACAUGUUGCUCAUUACGCGUGCCAGCUCGCUCGAAAACAGACUCGUUUAACGUCCAGAAUUAUUAACAUUUACGAAACAGCAAAUAUUUGCAUUAACUGUAAUCGCUUUACAACCAUUUCGUUGACAUUUUGACAAUAAUGUGAGACCAAUGGUGACAAUUUUUUUUCUUUUUUAAUUGUCAUUUAAUUAUUCUGUUAUAUUAAAUUCGAGGCAUUGGACGAUCUUCACGCCAGCCAACGUGUUAAUCGAUAUUCUUUUGCAUGGUUCCGGUAUCAAUCACCAAAGUAUUUAUCACCUGGGGUUCCUCUGUUAUCUCGAUCGCGUCCGUGUUCCACGCUUUAUAAUCGUACACCUAUAAUCAUGCAAAUCAGCGGGCGUGCGUUAAAACACAGCUAUAUAACUAUCGGUCCCGAUAAUCGCGCGAGCUUAAUCGAGACUUUCCUGCACCCGUGUGUGCACGGCCAAUUAUCGAUCAUUUCUCAUUGCCGGAACGCGUCGGCGUUGUUCGCGAGGCAAACGAUUAAUUGUAGAAAUUGAAAAUCAUUCUUCGAAAUUCAUAUACCGUAUUGUCGUUUGGAAAAUUGGGACAGCUGGGAUUGCGAGCCGAUAAUCGAUGAUCGAUUUCAAAAUUUUCAAGCUCGAUCGGAAGCGCAGGUUGAUGCACCGAGCGUGCGACGAAUGCGAAUAAAAUUUUGCAUAUUUAUGAAAGGCGCGCAUCGAUACGUUACAUUCAUAUUCAAGCCACCCAUCUACGCCAUUAUUUACUCUCGCCGUUUUCCACUCAAUUGUUAGUUGAUUCCACGGAGUGCUUGGAUAGAAUAUCAUUUUCCACCUCCUGUCGCGGCCAGUGCAUAAUGUUGAAUAAAACUUCGUUGACUAAUGAAUAUUAACUCCAUAACGAAAGAGUCUCUUAUUUUGAAGGAGUUUUCCAGGGAAGAGAAAUAACGUAUUUUCCAACUGGUGUCAACUCAGAAUUCCUCCGAGAAAUAUUUAUAAUCCGCUUCUUUUCAGUGGAAAUUGCUUAUUCCAUGAAAUCCAAAGCCGAUGUCCCUUCGUUUGUCGAUAUUGUGUACAAUCAAAGCACUCGUCGCUGAAUCCCGAGAUGCCUUCUCUGGCCGCAAAAAUCGAUCAAGUUUUCCUCGCCUGGUGUUUCAAUCCAGGUUAGAAGAACCGUGACAAGGAUGAUCCUUGCUUGACCCAGAUCCACGGCGUCGGAUAUAUCCUGUCGCCUCGAGUGUCCCAGGACGUUUAACGAAACUGAAAAUCAAGGCUCAAACGCGAUAUGGAAAGCGAGGCGAAAAAUUGCUGUUUGAAUCGAGAUACCCGGUGGCCUCGUUUCAACGGCGCCUCGUCGUUCAUUUCAAAGCGUGUAAUAUCUUUCCCCUCGUAAACGUUGAAUCGUUGUGGAUAUCUGUCGUUGUUAAAAACUUUGCGCACUACAGACGAAGGAACACUGGCUGUUGGCAUUAUGCUUGUUCGUAACGCAACGUGCCCUAUAACUCACGCUUUUCUUCAUUAAACUCAGGGACGGGUAACCGUUAAGAAAAAUAAUUCUCUAGCUCGCCGGAAAAUGAGAAAAAUCCGGUGAAACUAACGGCGACCAGCGUCGUAGGUUACUUCGAACUUUACAUAAAAAUUUAUGAAAAGUUUCAUUAUCGCAACGUAUAAAUUUGCAAGAUCAGCGUUGCAGUAAGAAUGAUGAAGAUUCGAUUAAUUUUGUCUCUAAGAUAAUUCGCUAUCGCGAACGAGUCCUACCACCCACGCGGACCUCAAAGAAGUUCUUCGAUCAGCAGAUCUCAUCUGGCCGGAGUCUGGGAUCGAUUAUCGCGUACCAGAUAGCCGUCGAAGUGCGUCACACGCUAAAAGAUUCAGCAGCACCGACCACGUAAAUAGCUCCUCCUCGGUUCAGCCUCUGCGGGCUGCAUCGAUCUAACUGCAUCAUUCGAUGCAACUAGGCACGCGUAGUCGUCCGGUUCACGUGGAAACACUGCGAUAAAUUUUCCCUGGUGAAAAACAAAAACCGUUUCAUCGUUGAGAGGGUAGACGCGGUUGCUCGGAGCGUCGAUCGAUAUCAGCUCGACGCGUGUAGGCAAACGAGGAGAGUUCAGCUCGAGGAGUUCGUCAGGCUAGUGGGUCUUCGAUGGUUGCACGGGUCUCCAGACCCGGUUCCAUCGAAUAUAGGUCAGUGUACAAGGCGGCAGGAGCAAAAGAGCAGAGCAGACUUUUAGCCGUGAGCACGGCACGAUCGUCCCGAUGCGAGCCGGAGCGUGCUGGCCCGUAGUCUGCUAACGGCCAAACGGGUUUGCACAGGCGUUCCCUUCCUCUUUCCUCUUUUUUUCUUUAUCCUCCCGUUUCCUUUUUGCCGACGAAAGGAUUCCUCCUUCAGACGUGUCUUUCGCUCGGAUAGGACCGCUCGAUUCACCGUCGAAAUUAUUGUUAAUGGACCGCUCGUGGUGCGCUCCGCGACUCUACUACCAAACCGGUCGAUCUUUUUCACCGCGAUGGAAUCCGCGUCUCGUUGCCUCGCGAUAGUAAUUAAACGUUCCUUUGUUCUAAACUGUCGCUCUACCAAAUGUUAAAAUCAACGAAGACCGCAUAUGAAGCCUGGUCAGAUCACUUUACCUGUAAACACAGUGUUCCAGGAUUUUCCUAUGAAAAAUGACAUUUCUUGUUCGAAACAGAGUCGUCGAUCGGGUCAUCAUUUUUAUCCUGUCACGAAGGCCGCGAAAGAUCGCUGCGAUAAAGGAUACAGCGACAAAUUCCCUGGUCCUCCCUUACAAAACGAAUGGAACGUAGAAACGUAGGUGGUGAGGGAAGAACGGAGCGGACGUGGGAUAAAAAGGAGGCAAAGGAGCAGUAUAUGAGAGGAGGUACGGGACGUGAUCGCGAGGCAAGACCCGGCCCUUUGUUGUCCUAGCCUGGUAGGCUUUCGGUCCACUUCUAGACUGUGUUUUGUUACAGCACGCCAUAGUUACACUCUUUCUUUCCUCCCUCCAAACGGCGCUCCUUAAACACGUUUCUAAGCCGACGUUCCUGCGUCCUUCGUCCUCCAUCGCCCUUCCUCGCCCUCGGCCUGCACGCAAACAGACGCAGCGGAGGGUUACAAUACGGCUGCUAAUGUAGGAUCGCAGACGCUCGAAGCGAAGGACCGGGCGCGAACCGACGUCGGCGACGACGGCGAUGGCUGCGUUUACCGCGUACACCUGCGGAAUUAGUCGCGAAGCUGAAAAAAGGAGGAGGAAACGAGACUAGACGGCGUCCGCGCGCCUCCAAAAUUGCAGAAUUUUUAUUUUUCUUGGAAGGGUGUUAGCUAAGUGUCGCCAGGCUGGUAUUAAAAGCCAUGACUUUCGGUGUCAUUUGAAAACAUAUCCUCUAAGAGGAGAUCCCUCGAGGCUCCGCGACUUCCCUUUUCCCCUGUUUGCCCUUUGGCGAUGAAAAAAAAAGAAACGAACACUCGCUGGCUCGCGCACCCUCUCUUCCUUUGCACCUGAUCGGACGAACCUCCGACUGACUGGCCGCUUAAUUGGAAAGAUCCACGAAGAUCGAGCAUUGUUUGCGGACAAGAGUCGCGUGAAACACGCGAGCCAGGAAUUUCUCUGGUAGUCAGUGGCCGAGUCGGCGUAUAUAUUCGACCGGUCGAUCUGUAGUUCGAGGCGUAAUAGAAGUUAACGCCGUGGUUUGAGGUAUUCGAUAACGCCGGCGAGCGGUCUUGGAAUAAUUAUCGGAGCGCAGGUGCCGCGACACGAGAAAUUGGAGUUUCCGGUCCGUCUGGAAUGCCAUCCGGCUGAACGCGGAAUAAUACCUGCGAAGCUUUCGCACCGGUGUAAAUGCAAUUUUGAUGUUGAGGUUUCGCGAUAUGGAAAUAACCGCGGGAAUCGUGUCUCGAUUUCUUGCCUCCACGUUCGAAGGGUAUAUUACUUAGAUAAAGGCGGACAGUUUCGUUGAAGAUUCUUAUUGAACGAGAUAGCAACGACGUUACAUUGCUUUUGGGCUAAAAAUAUAUCCUCUGAUAUCGGGGAACCGUACGAAAGUUGUUUUAGAAAUAAUUCUUCAGUAUAUUAAUCCUUUGCGCUAAACGUGCACACCACGUUUGAAUAAAACGAAAAUUUCAAACUUUAAUAAAUUAAACUUGUCAGUGAUUAGUUUUUCAUCGUCGAUAGCGAGCUGUGUGUAUUAUUUAACGUUAUUUCCUCGUUGAAAAAGCAUAUAACUCACGGGAUAAACUCACCGUCACGUCUCACUGAACUUCCGUUUGCUCCUUGCAUCGAACGAUAAAUCAUUACUCUCGCCUUGGACUGGGUUAUUGGUGGAUUAGUUGCACAACGCUGUUUAUUCCUUUUAUUUCUCUUCGUUCUAUCUGUACGAUAGUAACGCGAGGGCAAUUAAACUUAUUUACGUAGCACGAUAUCGAUAUCGAGCAUCAGAAAGCCUAACUACGCGUGGGAUUUAAAAAAACAAUGGUCUAGGAAUCGAUAAUUAAUUCAUCCCUCUUAUCACGCUUCGAUACCCAUAAUAUCGACCGUAACUAUUCUCGACACUAGGUAAUAUUAGGUCGUCCCAUAAGUUCGUGCCUUUUUUUAUAUUCGCGUACGGAAUAAAAUAUUGAAUCCGCUUUUAAAUAUUUUUUUUAGAGACAUUACGACAGGAGUCGAUGAGAUGACCUAAUAACAAUUACCGUUUCGAUCAUCCAAUUCCAAAAAUACUCGAUUUCCUUUUAGUCAUUCGCGGUUGGCACGAAUAAAGGAUGAUCUUUGCGGUUCGCGUGAUACACCGAGCAUCCUGAUACAAUGACAAAUGAAAAAUAAAAUGUAAAAGUAAUGGAAGUAGAGGAGGGAAGUUAACAAGGAUCGAGACGAUAGAUGGACAGGAGAGAAGGAGACGGAAAGAAGGAGGACUCGAAGGAUCCUUACGUAAAAUAUCGCGCGGCUAUCCGCAGGACGGUCGGCCGAAUAUUAUUUCGCCUCGUAAAGAUCCUGAUGAGCGUCGGCCCGGGAUUAUUUAAUGACGCGUGUAUCUUCGCGUCGGUGCACGAGGCUCGUUCCUGGCAGGUAUAAAGGUAUAAAGGUAAGUAGGGUGAGAGACGAGCGACGUCGACGGGGGAGGGUAUGGCAAGUCCGGUCAGGUAUGCCAGUGCUCGGCCAGUUACACACCAUCGAAAGAUUUACGCGUGUAUGAGUGGGUGGAGAGAAGAGAGAAUCGUAGAUGCAAGCCGCGCAACCGUAGCUGGACGAGCCUCGAGGUCUUCACGACUUGAAGCUCGUAGCAAAUGACAGGGGAUCGGGAGGGCUAACUUUCCGUCCCUUUCUAUCCGCUAACCAUCCUCCAAAGUGUCCGUCCAAAAGUCUCGUACCCUCUCUCUUUGCCAGUCUGUCCGUCUCUUUCAAAGGGAGAGCAGAGUUCCUUUCUCAGGUAAAUCGAAACAGGUACCACUCCGUGGCCGACGUUUUUACCAAUACCAACACCGUGCUAUCCUGCCGAACGUCGAUCCACGGAUAGAGAAAGAUUUUUAGGAUGGAUGAGGGGGCGUUUUUCGGUUCCACCCGCUCUCGAACGUUGAUUUUUACCGUGUGUUUAACGCUUAUAGAGGUACCUCUGCUAAAAAUACGUAGAACGCAGACUGAGACGCGUUCAUCUACUCUCCUACCUGUGCGAACGUAUUCUCACGGAAUGCACAGUGUUCAUUCGCUCAAUUAUUCUUAGAGAUCCCUUUUUUCGGAUCUCCAUGCGAUGACAUCAAUUGAAUUCCAGGGAUUUCUGAAAUAAUUACACGAGGGUAUAAAUUAUGGGAACUACGAGCAACUUGAAUUUUCUCUCCAAUUACUUCACCUGUCUCUCAUACUUUCGAUCGUUACGUUCGAUGCACAAAGUCCAUGGACACGCUUCGAUUGCCUCGAAAAACGAAAAGAAAGAAACUCGACUAUAACCCUGUGUACCUCAUUUCAAGAUUCCACGGACGCUUUAUCAUAGGAAAUCUUCGUUCGCCCUCUUUGCUCGCGGCCGGGAACACAGGGUUCGGGGAUGGCUACCUGACGCGUUCAGGGAUGAAGGAUCUUUGAAAGGAUCUCCGGAGAAAAGAGAAACGCAGAAGGUGGACAUUAGUGACACUUCAUUAAGAUAAUUCUCCGACGAAUCCUGGUUUUCGGCUUCUACCGCCCUUUCCUUCUUCCAAAUCUUAGGAAUCUGAUACUAGAAAUCAAUUUCAUUAUGAAAUUCAAUGGAUUGACCCAAUUCUCUGAUCGUUGAUUCAAUUUUUAAUGGAAGCACCCGGCAACAAAUGGGUUGAUCCACGUAAAACCGAAAAUCCGUGAAACACGCGACCGGUAUCAUCUCGUAAUAGGCAUUAUCUGGUGGAUCCUCCUCGUGCAGGUUUCGCUAAUCUAAUUCGUCGAACAGAUUAUCCGUCUGCGUACGACUAUGGACAAUUUCUGUCCGAGUGAAACGCAGCUGCAGCCACGUUUCGACGAGGAUGCCUCUACCGACCGUAAUUAUUAAUCGUUCUACGGGCGUAAGGGGUUUCGCGAAAAGAAGACGAGCAUGAAGGAUCAGGGACGUUGAAGGGUGAGGAGGUGUACGCUGUCUUGUGCACGAAAUUGGUCGGUGACUAGCAGACGAGGCGGAUAGCUCGCGAGCAAUUUGGCGGCUGGUAACGAAGGGCCUGCGAAAACAAAGGAUCGUCCUCGGUUCGGCCAAUUGUUGCAUUAUUCAUGCGUUUCUAGCAAGAAGCGGUUGUAAGCCAUGCCCAGCCCCAGGACUCUACUCUGCUUCGCUCUACCUAUCUCUUUCUUUUCUGCCUUUUCGAAAAUUCAUUUUGUUCCCUUUCGGCUGGCUUAGACGCACCAUUAGUGCGCCAGCAGCGUGUAUGGCUCGCUUCCACUACCUUGAUUACGAGGCUAGAAGACCUUCGGGCUUGAAACUAGUUCCCUUUUCCUUGUCUCAGAGAUUGUGUCAAAAAUUUUGACUGAGGUCCCUAAUAGUAUUGAUAAGAAACGAAUUAGGAUGAAGAAUAGCUAAAAAAGUUGGAUGUAUUAAUUACUGUAUCGAUGAAAUCAAAAAUUAUUUAAAUGUUAUUUCAAACUUGUUUUCCUUUGUUUAAUUGCCAACUGCUUGAUCAAGUUAUAAAUUAUCCUCUUGUGUUAUAAAAUCUGAUGGCAAUAAAUAAUAUCGUUUAAGCAGUGUCGUGGAAUGUCGUAACAUAACAUACUUUGAGAUUCGUUUUAUUGCUUUUCAGUGGUCUUGCACAAAUACCCUUCAUUAUAUAAUUCCCUGAUAGCGCUUGGUUCGUGUAGCAUUAGGUGAAAAAAGCUUGAUUACUUUUACAAUGAUUAUCUUAAGCUAUCGAUCCUGGUCUAAUUAAUUAAAUUCAUUUUUUUUUUUACUGCUCACGGAUACUGUGAGAUUAUCUAACACAUGGGUGAUAGAAUCUGAAUUUACGACAGGUUUUAGAAGGCGAUUCUUAAUACAUUUGAUGGUUGAAUUCUUCAAAAGAAUCAUGUUCUUCAAUCUUAUCCCAAGAAAUUCGUAUUUCUUCGUUCACACGAGACAGUGGCGGACGGCGUCGCGACGAAAUCGUCGUUCUUUGGCUCAUUUCGGCCCGUUAAAUUAAUUAAUAAGACUGAUUUGUUUCUUGUGCACCGCGUUGAGGCCGGGUUUUGCGUUAGUGGCGAGUCCUUUGACGGUCGGUACGAUAAAUAUGGAGCAGCGUCUCGUCCUUUCCUCCGCAUUCCUCGCUGCCCUGCCACCCUGUUCCCAGAAACCGCGACUUCUGAACCAACGUGAUCGCGCGCGCAAAAAAAGAGCGAUGCCGUCCGUUCGUCGCGGUAUUUCGAUCGCCUAGAAUCGAGGGACAGAGAGAGAGAGGAAGAGAGUCCGGCUAAAGCGGCUUUCAUUGCGGCAAUAAGAAUUCCAGAGGGUCGUUAAGCUCGCUGAAAUCCACGGCAUAACUUUCUAGGAACUUCUAGGAAGCCGUGCAACGCGCUGACGUUACAAAGAGUGGAAGCUGAGCCCUGACAACAGGGAGAAAUAAAAAAAGAAACGUCCUGUUCGUUCGAAGGAUUAUUCCGGCUUGUAGGAUCUUCCCUGAAUAAAAAGCACAUUUGUUGCUCGAACCUGCGUCGAGUCAGGAACGAUUGUAAUCAUAAUGCGGUAGGAAUUCAUAUUUCAGCAUCAUUUAGUUGUUUGACUUUCGAAAUUCGACGUAGACCCAAUGAAAGCAGAAGAAUCCGAUUGUAAUUCAGUCAAUUGAACGUUCUACUCUGGAAUAUUAAUGUAGGUCAGGCGAAAAACCGUGCAAUCCAUUCCUUCAACUUCGUUCUAAUGGCAGAUCCUGAUGGUAAGCUGGUUCCAAUACGGCUCGCUCGAAAAACCAUCGACCAGUCGUCCCAGAACCCAUGGAAUUCGGCCAAACGGCAAACAUUUGAAUUCUACCGCGUAGAAGAAGCCUCGGUAUCGAUUAUCCUCCGGCUUGCUUCGACCUCCAUUUCGUUUUGGCGGCCCUUUAUCCCAACCGAAGGGAGACGCGUCGCAAACAUAACUCUUUCACCGAGCCUUUUUAACCGCUUCCUUCUGCGUUCGCUGCAAUCGUCGAAUGAAAAAGGGAAAAUUAUUUAGCGAUCGCGGUCGUUGGUGUAGGAAAUAAUUGUCGCGCAGCACGAGCUACGAUAAAAGUAUAAUUUACCGUACGCGGUAUCCACGGAUUAUGUAAUUUCUGUCCGGGUUCCCUGGCGCGAGAGCCAUCGAGCGAAACACGAAGCAGAAGAAUGAUUCUAUAAAUUCCCCCGGUAUCUUUAUUACUCUGUACGCGUACUAUAACCUGAUCUUUCUUUCUCCGUUUUUCCUCUCACCAGUCACGAUCGGCUGCGAUCCAGGAGCAGAGGGUCGUUUAAAUUCCGUCGCGUUAAGUCGCUCGCGAUCCAGGCUAACUGGGUAUAUCAGGAAGUCGCGGAUCGAGCGAGACGAGACUCCCGUGGCGAAACAUUUGGCGAUUUAACCCUUUACAAAGUGUUCUUAAACUCUGAGAUGUGAGAAUUGAAACUACCAACUUAGGGACUUGGACAGUUUUCGCUCUGUCAACUUAUUCCUCGUGCUAUACUUUGCUAUGGGUACCAAGGAUUCGUCCGGAAAGUUGGCGACGCACGGUAGCUGAAUGUUCCACUUGAACAUUCUGAAUAAUUUUGAACGCUGAUAUGAUUUCAUACGGAAAUAAUCUUUAUAAAAUAAGCAGAAAUAUAAAAAUGAAACGACUUAUCUAAACCAGUUAUUAGUUGAAGAAGAGAGAGAAAGGGAGUCUCCGGGAGGUUGUUUGCUAAUAAAGAAUUUAUAGUCCUCGUUACUGGUACGGUUUUCUACGAAUUAACGUUGAUUACCGAGCCGACGUAAAAAGCUAGAAAACAAGAUAGCCCGGCUACGCGCAGAAACCGAUUAAACGAAUUCAUGAAUAACUUAAGGCCGUUCGACUGGACGCACCUGCCCCUUCUCCUUCAACUUCUUAUCCUGUCCUCUCUUUUUCUCUCCCCGGGCACCUAGGAAUUUAUUUCGAGCUCGUAAGAUUGCGGAUGGAACUGAAACACUGACACCUCUCCAUUAUCCUGUCACAAGACCGUAUCAUCCUAUUGGUGAAUCUACGAGAGAGGAAGAGAGGAUGGGGAACGGUUCGAAAGCACGAUCCAUGAAAGGUGCAAAAAUUUAAAAGGAAAUCGUAAAGAUCACGAAAUUGUUUUACGUUCAACCGCAUCUCGAAGUGCACCUAUGAAUUUGUCCCAUGCGGAAGAACGCGCACACGUUUUAUGUCCGUUCCUGGAAGAUUUACGGGAUGUACGGGAUACGUUACCUAUUUACUGAACGACAUGCUGCGUCCUGGUUGAUGUUGAGGUCGUAUGAAACGCUUGUGAUCGACGCUCGAUGCUGGUGCAUUCUUGCAAUAAAAUGCAACUGCAUCUUUGCUCGAAUGUCGAGGGAUAAUGAGGACAAAGUGCAGGUGCUUCUUAACCCUCACAUGGACAACAGUGUACUCAGGAAAUUUCUACAUUUCCUAACUUAAAUAAAAAAUGUUUAAUUAUUAAAUUUCAAUGGGUGGCCACGCGAUAAAGAGGCUCGUGCUGUGGCAAGCUGCUGCAUAAAAGUUUCGAAUCUCCAAGAAUCAAAAGCAAAAGGAAUACGAUGAACGAUAUCGUAACAACGUUCGAGAGCCGAGGAUAAAUUAAAAUCGCUAUCUGCGGUGCUGGUA